CAGAGCGCACAGGCGCAAUGAUCACUGCCAAACACAGCUGAGUGGAAGUGAGGAGACUUCACGCUGCAUUCAGUUUCUGAGCAUACACGUUUUCCUAACCUAAAAGAACAGAAAUUAGAAGGUUUGUCGGUUGUUACGCACAGCGCCAGAGCUUCUAGUGACUUGCGUUAACUUUGUCAGAAAACGGAUUCUGUUAUAAUCUCAACUAGUUUGGCUGUUUUCUGGCGGACUUGUCAGAAUAAUGUGGGGCUUCCAGAGGACGCGGUAUGCAGACUGCAACGGUUCUGAGGCCAGUGAAGAGACUGAGAUUGUGGUGAAUAUCGGCGGAGUGAAACAGGUGUUGUAUGGAGACGUGUUGACUCGCUUCCCGGAGACUCGACUGGCAGAGCUGGUGGACAGUUCACUCAAAUCUUCUGAAGAAAUCUCAUUAAUAUGUGACGAUUACGACCCGGACACGGGAGAAUUUUACUUUGACAGAGAUCCCGAAGCUUUUAAGUGCAUAAUUGAGUUGUAUUAUUAUGGGGAGAUACAUAUGAAACGAGGCAUAUGUCCAAUUUGCUUCAUGAAGGAGAUGGAGUUCUGGAAAAUUGACUCGGAUUUUCUGGAUGAAUGUUGCAAAAGCCACCUGAAAGAGGUAGAGGAUGAACUUGCAGAGAUAGCCGAGAAAGUGAGAACUAUCCUUGUCGACAGAGAAGGCGAUCCGUCUGCAGGGGGCUGGCAGCGCUUCCAGAUCUGCCUCUGGCGGUUGAUGGAAAAGCCAGAAUCGUCACUGCCUGCCCACAUAAUCGCUAUAGUUUCUUUCAUCUUCAUCCUCAUCUCCUCCGUGGUGAUGUGCGUCGGCACCAUCCCCGACCUGCAGGUGGAGGACUCGGAGGGUAAACUCACGGAGCAUCCGGUCCUGGAGGUCAUCGAGACCGUGUGCAUUGGCUGGUUUACUAUUGAAUACCUCCUGCGUCUGAUCUCUUCCCCAAAUAAAAUAAAAUUCGUACUGUCCUUCAUGAAUAUAAUCGACUUCAUGGCGAUCAUGCCCUUUUAUGUGGUGCUGAUUCUGACCUCUUUCGGCGCGGGAAUGAUGGAGCUGGCUAAUGUGCAGCAAGCAGUGCAGGCUUUACGCAUAAUGCGCAUUGCGCGCAUUUUCAAGCUGGCUCGCCAUUCCUCGGGACUCCAGACUCUGACAUCUGCCCUAAAGAGCAGCCUGAAGGAGCUCGGACUGCUCCUCAUGUACAUGGGCGUGGGGGUAUUCCUUUUCUCGGCUCUGGGCUACACUAUGGAGCAGAAUCACCCGGACACGUUGUUCACCAGCAUCCCACAGUCUUUUUGGUGGGCUGUGAUCACCAUGACCACAGUGGGGUAUGGAGAUGUCUACCCUAAGACCACUUUAGGUCGGUGUAACGCGGCUAUCAGCUUUCUCUGUGGGGUCAUCGCCAUAGCCCUGCCUAUACAUCCCAUCAUCAACAAUUUUGUCUUGUUCUACAACAAGCAACAGGUGCUGGAGACUGCGGCCAAACAUGAGAUUGAACUGAUGGCACUGCGCACCGGCGGCGAGCUCAAGGCUGCAUCUGGCUCCCAUAAACAUAUUUGCGGUGCAGGGGCCUGGGACAACGAUAUGCGUUCCGGUCACAGCGAUACAUUCAUUCCCUUACUGAAGGAUCCCAGGGGAGGGGCGGGCAUCCAGACCCCUAGCAUGGACACAAGCUUUGAAAGCACAGCCGAGGCCACUGAACAUUUUAUCUCAUGAAAGGGAAAUCCCCCUUGCAUUAAAAAGUCAGCAAAAGAAGAAGCAACAUGAAAUUAAUUAUUCAGUUUUGAAUUAUUCAAACGUAACUUGACAAAUUUGGUUUAAUGACACCGCCGUGACUGCAGAAUGUAAAUAGUCUCGUGGACAGAAGAAGACUUUAAUGCUUUCCAGGGACCUUUAAAUGCAUUUGAGGAUUUGCGCCUGUUAAACAGACAUAUGUGUGAGAUAUUGAAUUGAUGAGCUGUGCCUUUGCGCAGUGACUCCCUGUAGGCUGAGGGGUUCUGUUCAAACAGCAAAUACACCGAUUCCCCCAUGUAGACAUCUUAUAUAACACGCCCAUAGUCCUCACACUUAUACUGUAGACCGCAUUGUAGCGUAGUCCUCUGUACAGAAAUAUAUACAUCACAGUAAAUGCUUUUAGUAACGCAGACAGGCAGCUUUAGUCAAGAGCACAGAGAAAUGUAAUGACCCCAGGAUUGAUUUGUGAGAGUGUAUAGACAUCAAAACAGAGCUGAAGAAAAGCUGAAGGUGUUUGGAUACAGACCACAUGCCAUACAUUCAAAUGAGGUAGGUGACUGUAUCACUGCAACGUGUUGCAACCAAAGGUGUAUGAUGGAGACACAAAGCAACAUAAGACUGGGGGUGGGUUUAUUUUUGCUGCUGCCUGUAAUCGUCAUGGCAUCAUUGUAAUUUUUUUGUAACUGACACUAUAUGAUUGUGAGGUAAUGCAUCAAACAUAAAGCCCGUCUACUGUGCAGGAA